AUGAUUGACGAAAAUAUCUCUUCGACAUCACCCCCGCCAUCUAUAUCACAUCUAAUGAGCCACCAUUCGACUACAUCACAACUGACUAAUACCAGUAUGCUGUCGGAUAGUAGAUUGGUGAAUAUUGACGAGGAGGCCAAACUGGUAUACGGAGUCGUUUUCAGUUUGAGGAAUUUUGUCAGAAAGUUGAGUGGAAGUCAAGAUGGGUUCAUCUCCUAUCGCACCUCGCAAUAUAAACUUCAUUACUACGAAACUCCAACUGGGCUAAAAUUCAUCAUUAAUACCGAUCCGAACGUUGAAUCACUAAGGCCAGCACUGAGACAAAUCUAUGUGAAUUUCUAUGUCGAGUAUGUUGUUAAGAAUCCCCUUUCGCCUGUUGAACAUCCGGGUGGAGAUGGGGUGAACAAUGAAUAUUUCCGUGCUGCUGUGGAUAAGUUUAUCAAAAGCUUAGCAGUAUUUGAUUCAUAG